AUGUCUGGCUAUUUGGAGGUGAAGUAUCCUUUUAAGUCAAACCUCGGACUGAAUCCUUUCAAAUCUUGGAAGAGACAGUGGUGUAUACUACGCCCAAGCGCAACUUGUGGUGGAGGAUCCCUGGCCGUGUACUGUAGCGAAGCGGGUGCUCCAGCCGGUACAGUUGAGCUUCCUUCUGGAUGUGUUGUAAAACGGGCGAAGUCUCGUACGCGACCGCACGCAUUCGCAGUGUUUUCUGUUGAUGAGCCGUGCAAACCUCGUGUGUUGCUUGCAGCGCCUUCUCUUAAUGACGCUCAGAUAUGGAUGGAUAAAAUCCGUAACAUAUUGAAUACUGACAAGUUAUUGGGGGACAGCCUGCUGAACGGCACGUACUCUGUGACGGUGCUCACCACCGAGCUGUCGAGGAAGUGCGGCCUGGGCGGCGUGGACUGCACGGUGUCGCUGUCGGGGGCGGGGCUGCUGGUGGCGAAGCCCCGGCUCGCGGCGCUCCUGCCCUGGGAGCAUCUGGCGGACGCGCGGCUCUCCGACGACGGCGGCGGCACUUGCGUGCUGGUCAUGGAUAGCGGUUUCAGGCACGGCGGCGGCGUGGUGGAGAUGAGCAGCCCUCAGGCGGGUGAGCUGGCGGCCGCCGUGCGUGGGGCGCUCCGCCCCGCGCCCACCAGCCCGCCCACGCCCACGCCCACCACUCCGCCCACGCCCACGCCCAGGAGCAAGUUCAGCCGCAGCGAGGGGGACUUGCGGCCGCGCGCGGGAGACGACGCCGAGGAAAUUCGUCGCACCAGCUGGUACAGUGGCCCCUCGGAAGUGUCCCUUGAUGACACAGACCUCAUCAUGUCCAAGGAGACGCGGAUGAUACCAGGUGGGCCGUUGGCUUUGAGGGCUCGUGCUUUGCUGCACUUGGCUCCCUUCGCUAACUGCCGAGAGAGCUCGGACCGGCGCUCAGUCGCGUCCGUGGCGUCGGCGGCGUCGGGCGUGUACGAGGAGAUCUCGGAGGAGGGGGGCGGCGCGCGCGAGGAGCCCACCUACGAGUCGGUGGCGGAGUGCGUGUACGCGACGGUGCGCCGCGGCCGGCGCGCGCCCCCGCCGCUGCCGCCGCGCCGCCCGCCCGUGGCGCGCCACGGCUCACUCGGCUCGCUGCCGCUGCCCAAGCCGCGCCAGCCCUUCAGCGUCUUCCGGAAGCGGCUGAAGAGCGACUCGCGCACCGCCGGCUCGCCGAAGUGCGACGCCGCCAAGGAGCCCAAGGACGUGGAGACGAAGAAGAAGCGCUUCGACUUCCCGCCCACGCGCGAUAUAUUCAAGAGCUUCAAGGUCGGCAGGCGGAUGAGGGGCCUGAAGAUCAGCAGCCUCGCGAAGGGCGAGGCGAAGAGCUGCGAGUUCCUGGACGAGGAGACGAGGCGCUCGGCCGACGCGCGCUGCUCCAAGUCGGCCGAGUGCCUGGACGGCGAGCUCGCCGAGCUCGGCGCGCUCGGCGCCGCGGACGAGCUCGGCGCGCUCGCGCUGCCCGCCGAGAUCGUCGAGCUCAUCCUGCGCGGCCAGGAGCGGCGCCAGCAGCCGGAGGGCGACUACGUGCCCAUGUCGCCCAUCGUGCCCCCGCCCCCCAUCGAGCACCACUACAUCGUCAUGUCCCCGAGGGCCCACGUCGCCUCCUCCACCCAC